AUGGCUGGCCUUUGGGCAUAUAAUUCCAUCUUUGCGCUCACUAAAUCCAUAGCUCAAAAGGGUCACAAAAUCUCAUUUGUUUCCACUCCAAGAAAUAUUGAUCGUCUCCCAAGAAUACCUCUCCAUUUAGUUUCAUCCAUAACACUACUUAAGAUUUCACUACCUAAAGUUGAAGGGCUCCCCGAAUCUGCAGAGGCAACCAUGGAUAUCGGCAAUGAAGAUAUUCCCUAUUUGAAGAAAGCAUUUCAUGGGAUGGAAACUGGGUUGACUCGUUUCUUGGAUGAGUCACGUCCAGACUGGAUUAUAUACGAUUUUACUCCACACUGGUUGCCUCCAAUUCCGGCAAGGCUUGGAAUUUCUCGUGCCACUUUUCGGGCAGUCAGUGCAUGGUUUUUAGCUUUUUUUGGACCAUCAGAGACUAUGAUUAACGGCCUAGAUGAAAGAAAAAAGUGGAAGACUUCAUGA